AUGGAGCUAUCGCUUGACGACCAGGAGCAUUGUCGCGACCUCACCACGCAACUCCUCGACCGAACGCUGUACGAAUAUGAAGAGCUUGGCUUAGACUCUGUCGCCCACUCCGACCUCAACUCCCGACGCUGGAAGAAGCUCCAGUCACAUCCUGAUGUGACGCUGUACGCUGACCGCAGCCCAGGCUCCGCCUGGCUCUCGGUGAUGAGCCGCGGCGACUGGGAGCAGCCCGUUGCAGUGACUACAGUCGGGGAGAUCAAGAGCUCGCUGGACGACGUGCUCCUCGCCUUGGUAUCCCCCAACCUAGCCACGAUCAAGCUGCGAGGCGUGUUGAUGGGUCGAAAACCCGAGACGAACCUCAAGCUGAUGUCUAUCGUGACCCCCACACAGGCAUCUCCGUUCGAGUUCCUUGGGGUGGCGCAGUUCGUGAACACGCAGCACUGGCCGCUGACCAUGUUCGUGGACCCUCGAGAGAUGGUCCUGGCGCUCGCCACGGGUGAAGUGGUGACCGCGAGCGGGAGACGCUUCGGCUACGAGAUCAUUUUGUCCGUCCCGCUGUUCAAGAACUCGUUCAUGACGCGCACUCAAGUCGUCGAGACGCGCGUGUUCUGGGAGCAGCCCGACGGCUCCGUGGGGAUGUAUAGCAAGCUCAUCGUCGACAUCCGAGCGCGACUGCCCGAGUCCGUGAAGCUCGCGAUGCUGUGUCGGGGCGUGGUGCGCUUCUGGAAGUUCAUCCCAUGCUCGGUGGAGACCAAGAAGCUGCGCUGGUGUCUCAAGCGCAGGAAGGCGCUGGUGCGCGACAUCCAGCGGCAGGCUCAGGUCACGGGGCCGGUGAAGUGCGGCGGGUGUGCCAUCAGCACACUGAAGCUUCAAGACAAGAAGAGGAACGCGAACCGGUGUGAACUGUGCGAAGCGUGGCUGUGCUCCAAGUCUUCCUGUCGAUCGACUUGUCAGAUCACGGCGGUGGUUCGGAACGAAUCGAACAUCUGCCAGAAGGAUCUUGCCGUGUGUCCGCGCUGUAUGGUCCUCGUGCGAGAGCAGAGUGCAGCGAAUGUAGCGCGCUCGGAGUUGUUGAUAUAG